AUAAUAAUGAAAUGAGUAGCAGCAUGAUAGCACUUAGGGUGAAAGAAGACGGAAGCUGACCAAGACCUCCAUCUCAUCUCUGUCCUGCUUUACCUCCCUGCCGGCGGCCAUUACUGCGGCGGCAAAUACUGUCUACUGAGAGGGAGAGAGAGAGAGAGGAAGUAUUACCCCGUUAGGUUCUCCACUUGAGUUUUGGGAUAAAUACACCAUGGCCGGUAAAGAUGCUAAAAGUGCUGCUGUUAAGGGAAAGAAGAAAGAAGUGAAGAAGGAAACAGGCCUAGGACUCUCUUAUAAGAAAGAUGAAAACUUUGGAGAAUGGUACUCUGAGGUCGUUGUCAAUGGGGAAAUGAUUGAGUACUAUGACAUAUCUGGCUGCUACAUUCUGCGCCCAUGGGCAAUGUCUAUUUGGGAGAUCAUGCAAACCUUCUUUGAUGCGGAAAUCAAGAAAAUGAAAAUUAAGAAUUGCUACUUCCCCUUAUUUGUGUCCUCUGGUGUCCUACAAAAGGAAAAGGACCAUAUAGAGGGUUUUGCUCCUGAGGUUGCAUGGGUUACAAAGUCAGGAGAAUCUGAAUUGGAGAUGCCCAUUGCAAUUAGGCCAACUAGUGAAACUGUCAUGUAUCCAUAUUUUUCUAAGUGGAUUAGGGGACACCGCGACUUGCCUCUGAGACUUAAUCAGUGGUGUAAUGUUGUCAGAUGGGAAUUCAGCAAUCCCACUCCAUUCAUCAGGAGUCGGGAGUUUCUUUGGCAGGAAGGACAUACUGCUUUUGCUACCAAGGAGGAGGCAGAUACUGAGGUGCUUGACAUUCUGGAACUUUACAGACGCAUUUAUGAAGAAUUCUUGGCUGUUCCUGUUAUUAAGGGCAAGAAAAGUGAGCAUGAGAAGUUUGCUGGUGGACUUUAUACAACUACCGUUGAGGCUUUUGUCCCAAAUACCGGACGUGGUGUGCAAGGAGCAACUUCACAUUGUCUGGGUCAAAAUUUUGCGAAAAUGUUUGAGAUUAAUUUUGAGAAUGAGAAAGGAGAAAAGGCUAUGGUCUGGCAGAAUUCCUGGGCGUACACUACUAGAACGAUAGGCGUGAUGAUAAUGGUUCAUGGGGAUGAUAAAGGCUUGGUGCUUCCUCCUAAAGUAGCAUCCAUCCAAGUAAUUGUUAUCCCUGUGCCCUAUAAAGAUGCAGAUACUAAGGGGAUUUUUGAUGCAUGUGCUGCAACUGUGAAAUCCUUGAAUGAAUCAGGAAUUCAUGCUGAGGCUGAUUUUAGAGAUAAUUAUUCACCAGGAUGGAAGUAUUCUCAUUGGGAAAUGAAAGGUGUCCCUCUUAGGAUUGAAAUAGGUCCCAAAGACUAUGCAAAUAAUCAGGUCCGUGCAGUUCGGCGCGACAAUUCAGCAAAACAUGAUAUUCCCAUGGCUGAUUUGGUUGAAAGAGUGCAAGACUUACUCAAUAACAUCCAACAAAGUCUCUUUGAUGUAGCCAAGCAAAAACGAGAUGCCUGUAUUAAAGUUGUGCAUACAUGGGAAGAGUUUGUGGAAGCACUUGGCCAAAAGAAGAUGAUUCUGGCCCCAUGGUGUGAUGAGGAGGCGGUGGAAAAGGAUGUGAAGGCCCGCACAAAGGGGGACAUGGGUGCAGCUAAGUCACUUUGUUCUCCAUUUGACCAACCCGAACUCCCUGAAGGUACCUUGUGCUUCGCGUCAGGAAAACCUGCCAAGAAGUGGACCUACUGGGGCCGGAGUUAUUAAUCAUCAGUUUAUUUCUAUGCUCCCUCCUCACCACAGUUUUUUGUGAUCGCUGACUGAUUAGGCAACCCUGGCAUGGUGAUCUUAAACAACGGUGACUUAUAGAUACUGAUUUUUGUUCCAUAGAAAGUUAUACCGUGAAUGGCCAUGAUAGAGGAUGUUCCUCAUACUAUUCUUCUUAUGUACCACAUAAAUGCUUCUCAUUUUUAUAGUCAUAUAAUUGGAAUUUCAAAUCAAUGUGGAUUUUCAGCAGUA